ACCAGCAGCUCUGGUCCUCCAGUGCAGCAGGGGGCGCUGUUCGUCCGGAACGCAGCCAGUAGGAGCAGGCGGAUAAUGCUAACACUGCUAGUCGCGUGCUCACAGAGAGGUUGACAAUCAGUGUUGCAGCCAGUAAAGUUAUGACCUUUGCUGUCGAAACGUUGUCAUUAUUGCACAGGCAGAGCCGAUACGCGUUUGAGCUUUGCGGGUUAUUUGUUUUGGCUGCCGGGUUGUUUGUCUAACCUCGCCGUUUGCCAUUUCCUCUGAGAUUGAUCGUGUCUUUGGGGAACUUGUGUCACGGUCACAGCUGUCAUGUUUCACUCGGUGCCCCGUCGUCCGAUCUGCGACAUCGGCGUCACGACGAUGAGGCUCCGGCAGAGCAGCAGGUCCCUCCGGCGCACCGUGGAGGAGGGCAGAGAGAAGCUGGACAGGCUGCCGUGGCUGGGCAGGAGCAUGGGCCUGCUGCUGUCCUGGCUGCAGAGGGCAGGUGUGGGUGCAGCCGAGGCCGCGGGGUCUGCGCCGAAGAGGAAAGGCUUGCUGUCGAUAUUCGCGGACCACUGCGGCUUCGUGACCGGCCAGAGGCUCCGGCGGGCCUGUCAGGUGGGAGAGCUGUACUCCAACUUGUACUCCGAGCGAACCAGAAGGACCCUGGUUGGGAACAUAUGGCGCAGGUUCCAGAGCAAGCACUCCUCCAACGGGAAGCUCAUCGCGGCGUUGGCUGGUGUCUUCAUGUGGGAGAACGAAAAGAUCCAAGACGAGGAAAUAAGCAGGUGUGGACUUGAACUCCAGGCCCUGGAGAACGCCAAACGCCUCAGCUCAUCUUCAGGGCCCGUGUCAGAACAACAGGAACAAGGCUGGGAGGUUGUGAUAGAUAAGAAAGACUUCAAAGUGUGGAAGCGGCCGAUUCCCAACAGCCACCUUUAUGAAUAUAGAGUAUUAGGCUCCUACAACGACGUCACACCGAGACAGUUCUUCAAUGUGCAGUUGGACACUGAGUACAGGAAGAAGUGGGAUUCUCUGGUCAUCAAGCUUGAAGUGGUGGACAGAGAUGCCUAUACGGGCUCUGAAGUUGUGCACUGGGCAACGCAUUUUCCUUACCCCAUGUAUUCAAGAGAUUAUGUGUAUGUUCGUCGUUACGAUGUUGACGUCGACAGUAACCUGAUGAUUUUGAUAUCCAGAGCUGUGCAGCAUCCCCGAGUGCCAGAGACGCAGGAGUUUGUGAGAGUCCAUUCGUACCAGUCAAAGAUGGUUAUUCGCCCACACAAGUCCUUUGAUGAGAACGGAUUUGAUUACAUGCUUGUCUACAGUGACGACCCUCAGACUGUCUUUCCUCGAUACUGCGUGAGCUGGAUGGUGUCAAGUGGCAUGCCGGACUUCCUGGACAAGCUGCAUUCUGCUGCCUUGCGGGCCAAAAACUUGGAAGUAGGGAUUCACGACUACGUUGGGGUCAUUAAAUCGAGCGACGCCAACCGGCAGGCGAGCCAGGAGCGCCUCGCCGGGGAAAAUGCUCACACAGGCACGUCUGGGCAGAUCUACGCUUAGGCCGAAUGUCAUUUUAGACCAGGGGUUUGUUUGCUGUGUUUUCAUUGCACUCAAGUCCCAAUAAAACCCUCCAACUUCAUUGGUACGUUAUGAUGCAUCAGUUGAAGAUUGCAAUUUGCAUUAUCCAUAAACAGAUGUGCUUCUACUGGGCUGAGCGGAGGCGUGAAAGAACGGUUGGACUGCACUGUUGACAGCGUCGCUGUCCUCUGGAGAAAGUGUUGCUUUGGACGUUGUCAUGCAGGCUGCUGGUCCCGGCACUAGCUUUCCUCUCCCAGCCGACGCCACGAGACAUUUUUGCCCUUUUCGGUGAUGAUGUACAAACUGACUCCGAGCCAAAUUCCCUCAUUGUAGAAAAAUGCAUCUGCCAAAGCACAGUUUCUCCAAUAUUUGUCCUCCUCUGGCUGGUCUUCCGGUGUUUAACGAAACUUAACACUCUCCUCAGAUCGUCCGCAGCAGCCGCGCGAGUGUGGAAGGGAUUUCUGCUGCAUUUGACAUUGAAAGGUAGCCGUGACAAGCCGAACUGUAAGCCGCUGGCCAAACGUACAGUAUGCACUGACAGGCGAUGAUCUGAGGCCGCUCCAGGGAUCACUCUAACAGCUGUUCUUCAUGUGAUGGAUUCAGUAUUGUCCUGUUUGCCUGCUGAGUGAGUGAAUUAUGUGAUAGGGCACGGCAGGUUAAAAAGCGCAGUGCGACUGGAGGAAAUACUCAGAAUUGGGCGAGAGCUGACUAGAGCUUUUUUUUUUUUUUUCUUUUUGAGAGGAUUAUCGUUGGUUCAACUAUCAGGAACUGUUGAGGUUUCAGACUGUCCAUCUCACCGUGCCUGUGUGAGUGUUGAAAGCUGCCAGCCUUGUGAAAACAAACCAGUCCUUCAGCAUUCGGGGCAAAGUGUCUUAUAACAACCACGGAACUCCUCAGAUACAACACUCACGUGCUUCUAGCAAGGCGAUCACACAGAGACACAUCUUUAACAGACAGUGCCCUUUUUCGAGUACCGUAGUGUUCUCGUGCCACAUUCAAGAUUAAUUUUCCUUUUGAGUUACUACAAGUUAUCUCAUUUCAGCUCUGAGUUUAUCUUUGUUGUUCCAGUGUCCAUAGGAAUAAUUUGCACUCGUGGGAGUUUGUGGGGUUUUGCGUUAUAUUUGUGUUACUGUAGGUCAUGUACAUUCAUGAAACCAUCUCCUGAGUACUGGAAACUUCUGUUUUUGCAAUUAAGCAACCUCUGUUAUGUGUGUGCGUGGUUUUUUUUUUUUUCCUCUCUCCCUCACAUUUUAUCUCUACCGUUUUUGUUAACGUUAUUCUGACUGAAACUCCACAGAAUUCGUCCUUUCACAUCUCCCGUGUCGCAUUUUUAAUGAACUAUAUAUGCAGGGGGUGUUUUGAAUGUAAAGAAAAAGCAUCGCCUAAUAAAGUACACUGUUUACAGCCUGACAGACUGGCACUAGUAUCCUAAAAUCUGUUGUGUUGGAAAAAAAA